AUGAGGAAGGAGCAUGGCCUUGAUGGACAAGUGGGUGAUUCUGCCCAGGGAAGCGGCUUGCUCCGCGGCGUAGGCGAGCCGCGGGACGAAGCGGAAGCUUUUCGGCGACGGCAAAAAGAUGGGCCUCGGGGCCGCCAGCUGGUUGUACGAGGAUACGGGCCUCUGCGCCGUGGCAGCAUCCUUGGCGAUGGGCUUUCUCGGCCAGCACAUGCUUUCGCGCGGCGAGGGCGGCUGCGACACGAUGGGCAGGGCGAUGAUGACGGCCCGGACGUCUCGGCGAGCGAGGACACGUUGGUACUUGUUGUGCGAGUCGUCAGAGUAGAGAUGGGGCCGCGGCCCGCUGGUGAUUUGGGAGGCUGCUUCCUGGGCGGAUCGGGGAGAGCGCGAGUAGAGCGCUUUGAGCGUCAAGAGCUCGUUGCUCAGCACGGCAGGCUGGUCAUGCCCGUCAGCAGCGUACCCUUGGCACGGAGCAAACGCAAACGCGAACGCGGACGUUGA